AUGUUAUCGGAUUUUUUAGUUUCCCAUCCAGAAAACCCAUUUUUUCAACUAUCACAGUCUGAGUGGGCGGCAGCAACUGCAAAAUAUUCAGAAUUAUUGGAAGAGAAUAAUAUCGAAUACAUUGACAGAUCGGCUUCAGCAUCAAUUCAAGUUGGUAAUGGAGCUUAUUUUGAUAAUGACGCUGUGCUUAGUCAAUUUACUCGCUUGUUCAAAAUGUUGCCGUUCAAGCAAGCAUAUAAAAAUAAGGUUAUAAUUAUUAUAGUCGAUAAUGCACGCACACACAGUGCUAAAGAAUUUUCAUUAGAAGAUUUUGGUAUGAAACCAGGUACCCGUUGCCCCAUUGAUCAAAUUCUAUACAACGGUGAGAUGGGGCAACAUCAAAAACUUGACUGCUGUUUUACCAGUGGCAGACACAAAGGCAAAUCGAAAGGACUUCUCAUUUUAGCGGAAGAACUAAAGAUCCAAGUACCACCUAAAACUAGUUUAGACCAUUUGAAACAAUUAUUAAGUUCUCACAAUGCUUUUCAAAAUAAAUCAAAGCUUGAAACACUUGCAAAACAAUAUGGAGUUAAAAUUAUAUUUUCGCCUAAAUUUGAUUGUGAACUCAAUUGUAUCGAGGGUUUGUGGGCACAUCAAAGACAAUUUGUCAGAAACAGAACAGAUCAAACCUUUCCUACAAUGUUGACGCUUAUUAAAGACUCCAGAAAUAAGUUUAUCGAAAAAAACGAUGCUAUGAAACUACUCAGAAGGUUCUGGCGAACGUUGGAGGCGUAUGAUCGAGGGGAUUCUUAUGAAGAAGUAAUGAAGCUGUAUUUCAGUUCGUUGUGCAAAAAUGGUGUUUAUCAUCGUCGUCGUAUCACAAAUUCAAAUUUACAAGAUUCGGGACAAUAG